GUGGGGCGGCAGCAGGCUGGCACGGCGCGGAGGGGCCGUUCCCCGGCAGCCGCCGCCCCGCCGGGGCACGCCGGGAGCUGUAGGCACUCUGCCGCGCCGUCCCCCGCCUCCUAUUGUCGCUGUCGCCGCGGCCCCGUCCACAAUAGCGGCGGGGGCGGUGCCGCCCCGCGUUCGGGAAGGGCCGCUGCGCACUCCGCCUCCCCGCCGGGGCCGGGAGAAAGGGGCGUCGCCGCCGCCGCCGCCAUGGCCGGUUGUUGUCAGUCCCUGGCAGCGGGUUAUGGCGACGGCGGUGAAUGAAUUCUCCGGGCGGCAGAGGGAAAAAGAAGGGCUCAGCCGGCUCCAGCUCCGCGCCCCCGGCCGCCGGGGCCUCACCCCACUCGUCGCCCAGGCCGGCCCCCUCCGUGCCGCCGGCGGGGGCGGCGGCGGCGGCUGCAGCGGCGGCGGCGUCGUCCCCCCACAAGCGGAACCUGUACUAUUUCUCGUACCCGCUCUUCGCCGCCUUCGCCCUGCUCCGCUUCGUCGCCUUCCAGCUCGGGCUGCUCUUCGCCUGGCUCUGCGAGCGCCUCUCCCGCGGCGCCCUCAUGGCCGCCAAGGGCAGCAGGGCCGGGGCCGGCGAGGCGCCCGAGCCCGGCGGGGCGCCCGAGAUGGUGCGGGCCUGUCACAAGCGGGCCUUCGAGUGCAUCUCCAUGGCGCUGCGCAUCGACGAGGACGAGAGAGCAGGACAAAAGGAACAAGCUGUUGAAUGGUAUAAGAAAGGAAUUGAAGAACUGGAAAAAGGAAUAGCUGUCUUAGUAAUUGGUCAAGGUGAUCAGUGUGAACGGGCUCGACGUCUGCAAUCUAAAAUGAUGACAAAUUUGGCAAUGGCCAAGGAUCGCUUGCAGCUUUUAGAGAAGCUGCAGGCAGUUUUGCAAAUUUCCAAGCCGCAAAUGGAGGUCUAUAAUGACAGUACUAACCUGGCAUGCCGCAAUGGACAUCUCCAGUCAGAAAGUGGAGCGGUUCCAAAAAAGAAGGAUCCCUUAACACACACGAGUAAUUCCCUUCCUCGUUCAAAAACUGUUGCAAAAACUGGAUCCACAGGCCUUUCAGGUCACCAUAGAACACCUAGCUACAGUGGGAUAUCAACUUCUGUGUCUAGACCAGCACCAAAUCCUGCAGCUAAGGCUGCUCCUAAAAAUAGUAGAACAAAUAAGCCUUCUACUCCUACCACUGCUCCUCGAAAAAAGAAAGACUUGAAGAUAUUUAGAAAUGUGGACAGUAAUCUUGCUAAUCUUAUACUGAAUGAAAUUGUUGAUAGUGGGCCAGCCGUCAAAUUUGAUGAUAUUGCAGGGCAGGAACUGGCUAAACAAGCUUUGCAAGAAAUUGUUAUCCUUCCUUCUCUUAGACCUGAGUUAUUUACAGGACUUAGAGCUCCUGCACGUGGUCUGUUGCUGUUUGGCCCUCCAGGAAAUGGGAAGACAAUGUUGGCCAAAGCAGUUGCUGCAGAAUCAAAUGCUACUUUCUUUAAUAUAAGUGCAGCGAGCCUAACUUCAAAAUACGUGGGUGAAGGGGAGAAACUGGUGCGUGCUCUAUUUGCUGUAGCCAGAGAACUUCAGCCUUCUAUAAUUUUUAUUGAUGAAGUUGAUAGUCUUUUGUGUGAAAGACGAGAAGGUGAACAUGAUGCUAGUAGGCGUCUGAAAACAGAAUUUUUAAUAGAAUUUGAUGGUGUGCAGUCUUCUGGAGAGGACAGAAUACUUGUGAUGGGAGCAACAAACAGGCCACAGGAGCUUGAUGAUGCUGUUCUCAGACGAUUCACCAAACGGGUAUAUGUAUCUUUACCAAAUGAGGAAACAAGAUUGAUAUUGCUAAAAAAUCUUCUAAGCAAGCAAGGAAGUCCAUUGACCCAAAAAGAGUUGGCACAACUAGCUAGAAUGACAGAUGGAUACUCGGGGAGUGAUUUAACCGCAUUAGCAAAGGAUGCAGCGCUGGGUCCUAUUCGAGAAUUAAAGCCAGAACAGGUGAAGAACAUGUCUGCCAGCGAGAUGAGAAAUAUCAGACUAUCAGAUUUCACUGAGUCUUUGAAGAAGAUAAAGCGCAGCUUGAGCCCUCAGACCCUGGAAGCAUAUAUUCGCUGGAACAAGGACUUUGGAGAUACCACAGUGUGAAACACUACUUGAAGAGAAACGAAGUGUUGCCUAAGGAGCAAUUGGUACAGACUACUGAAAAGCAGCCAGAGUUUACAGGACUUUACAGAUCUCUAAGUAUCUGCAUUAAAACUUGAGAUUAAGCAAAAAUUACACAAUGUGAAAUGGUUCAUCAAAGCCUCCUUGCCAUUUAGUGAGGAUUUACAGCCUGUAAGUAAGAGCACAAUAGGACUUGAGAUAAGAUUCCUAGCAAUCCGAUUAUGGUUUGAACAAUAAUGUAUGUAUUCCGUUUCAGCUAGAAGGCUGUAAUGAUAUUGGUCAUUGGAAAACCUUUUCCCUAUGUCAUGUGUGUGUGUUUUUUGUUUUUAAUUUUGCCACGACAUCGAUGUCUGGCUUUCUUCCUUACAACUACUAACUUAAAAUUGGAGGUUUGUAAACUUUGGUUCAGUUUGUGACUCUUUUUUUUUUUUUUAAUCCUUAAUGUGCCAAAUAAAACCAUUUCCCUCUGCAGAGAGGAAGAACAGCUGUGGGGAGUUAUGAUUAUUAAAAUGUAAAAAGCAGCUGGUCUGUUAUUAUUUGUCUUUUUUGUUUAGUUGUAACGUGACUGUGUUGUUCACAGAACAGUUUUAAAGACCUUUGAUAGCAGAACAGCAAAAAAAACCCAACCCUAUAAAACCAAUUCAAACUGUCUUUAAAAAAAAAUAAAUUACUGAAUAACAAAUAGACUAAGACGUUCGUUUACUGGCAGUAUUUUCUCUUAACGCAUUUUGUAAUACUUCCACUGGUAGAAUGUUAGCUUAUGCUUAUGGUGUACAACUUUAAGCCCAGCUGAUGCUUGAGAAAGUAAGUGAUUCUAAUUGUCAAGUUUCAGAAAUGAUGUGUUUCUACUCUGUAUUUUAGUCUGUUCAUGGUAAUUGAAAGUAAAAUUUCCAUUGUGAUAAUUUUUUAAAUCUACACAUGUAAGCGUUAAAAUACAAGGCUACAUGUUUAAUACAUGGCACACAUUAAUGUUUUUAUAGCUUUCAUAUGUUUUGGUUUAUAUAUUAAAGUAUGAAACACUCAACUGAUCUGCUUUUUUAAAAAGAAACUGCAUCUUUGUACAAAUACUUGUUUUUAUUAUAUAAAUGACAAGCUAUUAAAAAAACCACUUAAGUGAUAGCCUUUAAACACUGUAAUAAAGGAAAACAUCUUUGCCUUUACUUCUAAAGGCCUGACAUCUUGUUUACAAAUUCUGCAUGGAUAAAACACAGAUGUUUGCAAGGCAGAGCACUAGUUCCUUGUUAGAGCAGGUUGUUUGGAUUUUGGUUUUGUUUCAUUUUUAAAGACAAUUCUCCCAACCUAGUGAUGUUACAGAAAUGCAUAUUGUUUACAGUUGUUUUUAAUUAAAUUGAGUUAUAAGCUAUGUUUGGUAGGAGUAUGUCAAAUAUUUGUGGGACUCACCUGAAAGUUAAAUAUAAAUCUGUGUUCACUGUGUAGUAUUGGGUACUAAAUACUACAGCAGAAACUCUGUCAGACUUUUGGGAUGCACAGAUGCAAUAUGUUUGGGACUCUGUUUUUUUGAACCAGAGGUGCUUUUAAUGGCUUUUAAGAUUAAAAGCAAAUAAGAGAAGACUGCAUUACACUAGUAUGCCUUUUGAAAUAGUCUAACAAAACCACUUCUAGCCUUCUACGGUCAUGACUCUCUCAAAUGUGUGUCUGAUGUAAAUGAACCAUGUGAUUUCUGUUCCCCUGAGAGAUGCGAGAAACGCUAAAAGAUUUCAGUUUCUUAAAUCUCACAUCUUGCUUGCUUUGCCUUAGUUCUGCCUUCGGUUAGACCAUCGCUGCUGUUGGAGAUUCCUGGCUGACUUGAUCCUUAUUUGUCAUAGCCCCAUAGCACUAAGCACGAAUAUUACUGUUUUAUUAGCAUCUGCCAAAGAGCUGAACAGCUAUGAAAGGCCCUUGGUCUUCCUAUUCAUAAAGGUUGCAAGCUUUCCCUAAGAUCCUUUGUAAAUGAGAACUUUGAGGGUAACACCUCUGGUUUUGGGUGUUCCUAAGUAUUUGUUAUUGAACUCUGUUUUCUUCCACUUAGUUAUGAGGAAUAUACUGGUAUUUGUUUCAAGUACUUACCUAUUGGUACGUGAUAGGUACCUGAAAUGGAGAGGUAGAAGUUCCCGUCUGCUAAACCACCACCAGUAAGCAGCACCAAGGGUCAUGAGCCUGAGCUGCUACUUCAGGAAGAAAAGGGACUAUCCCUUUCCCUUGUUCGUACAACCGGUUCUGGUCAAGAGAAUCUGUGUGACUGGUACCACUGCUUUUUGGUUAUCUAUUCUGCCCUGAUUGUUUUCUGCAUAAUGGAUGAACUACAGCUCUGUAAAUUACUUCUAGAACACAGUAAUAAGAAUUUUGUUCUGCACCAUGUUUGCUCCACAGCUGCUGAGUUUUUUUAGCCAUGGUUCAUAAUCUCCUUUAAAUGUCUGUCUUAUGCUAUUUUCUGAAUAAUGUCUUUUAAGAAUGUCUGCUCUCCUUAAGGCAUUAUCUCACAUUUUCUGGUUUCUUGUUUUACAUGUACUGAGUAAGUCCCAGCUCAGUGAUUUUCAUCUAUUAACACUGUAUUAAAUUACACAGUGAUUAACUCUGUGUAAAAGCAGAUCUGGAAAAGAAAAAAAUAAAUCCCAACACCCCAAAAAAACCAAAACAAAACACAACCCCAGACCCAAGAAAACCAAACCACAAACCCACAAACCAAAAAACUUCACACAAAUACCUGUAUUUCCUAAAUCUAUGGUAUUUUGUGUAGACUUUUGUAACCAUAUUUACCAUAAAAUUAUGAUAUUCUAAUAUAGUAUCUUGAAUUAGGAUAGGAUAAGCAGGACAGCAGCUUGGAUGCUUUUAACCUUUGCAAAGACUGGCAUUACAUUAGCUCUCUAAACUGCCUUUUUCUUUUUUUUUGUCCCUGAAUCUGCCCACUGCUAAUGAGUGACGUGACCUACUUUUUUGAGAUGAUUAGGAAGCAGCUUCUCAGGCCCUCUGCAAGUACGUUUUGCUGACCUGAAGUGUAGCAGUUACUGGAGGGAGAAAAAACCCUAAGCCCUGUUUUUUUAGCAAGCUUCUUCAUACAUCUUUGCCUCUUUUUAUUAAGCAAGAGGCACACCUUUUAUCUUUCUACAUGUUGUAAGAACAAUGUCUUCUCAGGCCGUGGGUUGCUGCUUUUGAUGUCCUAACAGGAGGGAGAAUCUCAAGCACUGUGUGAUGCUCUUUCUCCUUAAAAUGAAAAUUUGUCAUGUGUUACAAUGUUCCCUUUACAACACUGACUUUUCUGUAGAGUACGCCAGACCUGUACAGGUUCUCUUCUUGCAGCUAAGACAAAACCAACACUGAAUAUUAAAGAUAAGCCUUAAACUAGGAUAUUUAUGCACGUCUUGUGGUCCUGUAGUUUCCUAGACUUUACAGAGUUUGCUGUAUUAGAAAUAGGUAUCCUGCCCCAAGACAUCUUACUGACUCUACUUCAGAAAGUCGGUUGCUAAUACAGUUUUGUCGAAUAUGGCCCUGCAACUUACUUUAUGUAGAUAAUAAAUGUGAUUGUAACACUUUAAAAUGGAGAAGAAUAGAAUCUCUGAACUGAGAAGGAAUUUGUUGUCACUGCACUAAUUAAAGGCCAUGGCUGAUUUUGCUGAUAGAUUAGCUCAAAUGAAUUUAAAAUGACCGUUUUUAUACAUAUAACUUACUCAGACAAUUAACCUUACAUUCUGGUGUAGAACAAAUAGUACUUUUUCUAUUCUAAAGAAGCGGGUUUUAGCACUGCUUGGCACUGCUGCCAAGUCCACCUUGUGAAAUUUCAGUACUUUUUCACUGGGAAUACUGAAGUUGGGUGUGCUGGCAGAUUUAACCGAGACGUCUGUUCUGCAACCGGUGUGGAAAGCAGCGUUCUACUUAGGGCUUCCUUAACCACCUGUGGCCAAACUAUGCCCUAGAUUCCUGCGGAGCUUUCCUACCCAAGAUAUGGAUAAUGCAUAGUUGUGCCUAAGACUUGCUUAUCUAGCUACUCCAGCUCUGUAGUGAUGCUCCUGCGUGUGGCAGCUUUGGGAGGCAGCAAGCGCUAUUGUAGGUUACAAAUCCUCAUUCGUUGUCUGUGGCGGUCUCAAGCUUUUGUGGUGUUUUUAGUGUUGGGGACUUCUACCGGAUAUCAAAAAUGGAAUGAAAAGUAGCAAGCAGGUAGUGAAUGCAACUAGGUAUCUCGGUCGUUGUGCUAAUUAGAGGCAGUUGCCUCUAUUUCACUGUUAGGUUCUCUUGAGCUGCUAUUUAGUGUUGAAGGAUGUUGCUUUACUCACCUACAUGAAUAUUCAUGCUUAGGAGGAUGUGCUGGACAUCCUAAGAGAUGACCAGUGGAUCAAUUAUUUUUUCUUUACAUACUCAGUAUUUUUUCUUUGAACAGUUGUAACUAUAAUUCCACAGGAUGAGGAAGUUAUACUGUCACUUCCUGCAAAUACAAAGUAAUCUUCUGAAGUAGGGGGAAAUGUGUGUUGUGUUUUUCCCACUUCUCAUGCAGAUCGUUAACUGUCUUAGUGUGGAAAGUGUUUACUUUGUCAAUAACUACCUCCUGAGCUUGGCAAUAAUUGGCAAGGUAUGCACUCCUCCAGUGGAUUAAAAUAUAUUGGCUAAACACUGUGGGCUCUUAAGGGUUUGAUCUUUUGAUUUGCAAAUUCUUGACACGAUGUCUGGAAACUAUGCUGGUCAACCUUGUUUUCCUGUAAGACUUUCCCUGCCUUCAUGAUAGGCGCUUCUUAAAGUCCUGUUUCAGAGAAGUGGCUUUGAGUUUUCUCUGUAGCUGGUUAAUAUAGGCAUAUUCUUUUAAGAUGCAUGGGGUGUAGCCUCUCGGUUCUGCAGGGUUUUUUGUACCAUUAGACGUGGGGAGGAAAGUACUUUAUCUAAUACUCACACACCUAUCUAAGAGACUGGAAACGUGGAAAUUGUUUUUUGCCACAUGAUUCACAUUUUUGUUUGUGUGAAGGGCUAGUCAGUAUUUUUCUAAAAUCUGGAUUGAAAUGACAAAAACCAAAGGUGGAGACAAAACGCUGUACCCCACCCGGCCCCAUUAAAUACAUUGGGCGACUCCAGUCUGGUAUGGGGCUAAUUCUUGUAUUUUGUUGUUUUGAAGCACUUUUGUUUCAUUGUUCUUUUAAGAAUGUUUUCUGAAAUGUUAAACACCGCUUUAUUAAUAAGCAAUGUAAAAAAGCAUGAUGAGCAGUCACAUAGCUUUAGCUUCACAAUAAAAUGUUGCAUUUGUCCUGGU